CCCCUAACUGGGAAGCGGUAGUGAAUUCAGUCAGACACACACAACUCAAUUCAUCCUCAUUCCGAGUUUUUUUUAAGAACUGGCACAUGAAAAAUUGUUCCGUGAGGCAGUUUAAAUCCUAUUCUCUAGACGUUUUAUGUUGUAGGACGCUGUUCAGGAGAACUUUGCGAAACGUGUCCGCUGCCAGCGUGAUGAAUCGUCGCGGAGAUGGUGGCGGUGGAGGAUCACACAGACUCUACAAUCGAGGUCGUGGUCGUGGUCGUCGAGUAGGUUCGACCCCCUCCACUUCGGACAGACGGGAGGCAGCAGUAGACGACGCUCCACGAGAAAGACCGCCGCCACAUCUAAAGGGCAGGGACAUUGGUCUCUGGUACGCACGCCAACAAGGGACGAAGGCUAAAGAGGAAGAAAUUCUCGGGGCCAUGGACAUUGAAGUUAACCACAGCAUGACUCGUCACUUAACAUCGCUGAUAUCUGCGUUUGACAAAUCUGUACAAGGCUUUGGCGGAUCAUCAUCUUCUGACUCAUCCUGCUCUUUCUCAGUCUUAUUAGAUGACAUUAACAAUCCAAAACCUCAGCCUGAAGGCAUCAUUAUUCCAUGUCAAUUAACACGAGAUGAAUCAAAAGACCAAAUGAUGUUGGAAGAUCUGCACCGGUUUCAAAGCACUCGCCAAUUUCAAAACCUAUUGUGUUUUCGCGAAAGGCUUCCCGCAAGCAAAUGCAAGGAAGAAAUUAUUCAAUCCAUCGCAGCUAAUCAAGUUGUGGUUAUCAGCGGCGAAACAGGAUGUGGUAAAACUACCCAGAUUGGACAGUAUAUAUUGGAUGACAUGAUCAUGCAAAGGAAAGGAUCAGUAUGUAACAUUCUUUGUACUCAGCCAAGACGAAUCUCGGCUGUUAGUGUAGCUGAACGGGUGGCUGAAGAAAGGUGUGAAAGAGUCGGGGGAAAAUCGGUAGGAUAUGUAAUUCGACUAGAAAGUAAGCGACCAAAACGGGACGAAGGAGCCAUCACUUUUUGUACGACAGGCGUUGUAUUUAAAUAUUUAAAGGACGACCCACACCUCACGAGAUACAGUCAUCUCAUCAUUGACGAAGUUCAUGAACGAGAUACCAAUUCAGAUAUUCUCAUUGGUGUUUUAAGGGAUUUGAUUAAGGUGCGCCCAGACCUUAAGGUUGUUCUUAUGAGUGCAACAAUCAACGCUACUCAUUUUUCGACAUACUUUGGAGAAUGUCCAAUGUUCAACAUCCCUGGUUUAACAUUUCCAGUACACGAGUACUACCUUGAAGACAUUAUAGAACAACUCAAUUUUAAGUUUGAAAUCGACGAAGACGCAUGUGGACCUUUCUCCAACUACACGCCUUAUUUUAGUGAUAAAGAGUACGCAAAAUAUCUUACUGACUAUGUAAGAAGAAGUCUACGAGACCGUAGCAAGUACUCACUUGCAACUAUUAAUGAAAUUUUGAAGCCAGAGUCGGAAAAAUUUGAGUUUCUCAUGAAACUGACGGAGCGACUUUUAAUUAAAAUUCAAGAGUUGGAUGAUAGCAAUUCUGCUGUUUUAAUAUUUGUCACUGGAUGGGACGAAAUUUCCAAACUCAACAAACGUUUAAUCGAAUCUGGAAAGUUUCCAGAAAAUAAGUUUCUGAUUCUUCCUCUCCAUUCAAUGAUGCCCACGGUAAAUCAAAGACAAAUCUUUGACCGACCACCUCCUGGAAAACGUAAAAUUAUUAUUGCUACCAAUAUUGCCGAGACCAGUAUUACAAUUGAUGACGUCGUACACGUCAUUGACUUUGGAAAAAUAAAAAUGACAAACUUUGACAAGACUCGAAAUGUGGAGACAUUGGAAUCCGAAUGGGUAAGCAGAGCAAAUGCAAAACAAAGAAGAGGUAGAGCAGGCAGAAUUCAGGAAGGCUAUUGCUAUCACCUAUUCACCAAAGCUAGAGAAAGUACUCUGGAUGAUUUCCAAAAGCCCGAAGUACUAAGAAAAAGACUGGAAGAAGUCAUUUUACAACUAAAGCUAUUAAAAGUAGGAGAUAUUCGCAGUUUAUUGAGAAAACUAUUGGACCCUCCUUCGAAGCAUGCUGUUGAUCUCUCGUUUGAUAGACUAGUUUUACUACACGCCUUGAAUUCAGACGAAAAAUUAACACCCUUAGGGUAUCACUUGAGUCAUUUGCCUAUGCAUCCUCAAACUGGCAAAAUGAUUCUACUAGGAGCUGUUUUUUCGGUCGUAGACCCUGUAUUUUCAAUAGCUGCCUCGUUAAGCUAUAAAGAUCCAUUUGUUAUGCCACUUGGAAAAGAGCAUGUUGUGGAUAAUCUACGAAAAUCUCUUGCUGGAGGAUCAAAAAGCGACCAUUGGGCAAUUGCUGAAGCAUUAAGUGGAUACGAAAAAGCUGUAGCUAGAAAUUGCGAACGGGAUUACUGCUUCAAAAACUUUUUGUCCUUGUCGACCUGUAAAUUGCUGACCGACUUUAAGCAGCAGUUUUGUGAUCAACUUCAUCAUAUGAAAUUCCUUACAUCCAAUAAUCCGAAAGAUCCUGAACGUAACCUAAAUUCUUCCAAUAUUGCGUUAGUUAAGGCUGUCGUAUGUGCGGGUCUCUAUCCAAAUAUUGCCAAGGUUCGUCUUAAAAAUUCACGAGGAGGGGGGCCUCCCUUUCCUCUUCUCAGAACCAAAGAAGAUGGAAGUGUAUAUAUACACAAAAAGUCAGUCAACGCUCAAGAAACCAAAUUUGAGUGCCCGUUCAUCGUGUACCAUAAUAAGCAAAAAUUAAAACAAAUAAUGCUGUUUGACACCACCAUGAUUUCCCCUUAUCCGUUGAUUUUUUUCGGAGCUAAUUUAGCACACAAAGUUACCAAAGGAGUUUCAUUUGUUGAAAUAGAUGGAUGGAACCGGUUCAAGAUAUCCAAAGAUGGUUGCGAUACGAUUGAGGCUUUACGAGCGACAUUGGAAAAAAUACUUGCUCAGAAAAUUGCCCAUCCUUCCCCGACCGAUUGGAGAGAUUGCAGUCUUGAAGGUCAACUGCUUGCCUCAAUACGAGACUUGAUCACAAUGCAGUACUAUCAAAUAAUGAACCCUGACGAUUAUUCUGAUGCAAAUGAUCCAUAUUGUUGGUAAAGACAGUUUUUGUUAAAAAUUAUAUAUGUACCACACCAUUUUAUUGAAUGUCUCUGUUAUCAAAAACAUUGAACGCCGUGCUGCAAGCAAGUUUGAUUGAAUAAACUAUACUAAACUAAUUAUCUUGUAGUCUGAUUAAAUAACGGUGAUGAAUGAAGAUGUUUAUAUACAAUAAUGCAAUACAUUUCGAAAUAAAAAUUUCACUUUUACUUUCCACAA